UUUUUUUUUUGGGCGUAUAUGCAUGGUUGACUUUGGAAGAUAAUAUUGCUUUUAGAUUUUUCUUAAUUAAUUUGUUUUUUCGAUGGGACAUUUUUAGGUUUUGUUCAUAUUGAAUAAAACGUAUUAUAUACGAAUAAAGGUAUUUUUAGAAUUUUUUUAAUGCACUCCUUUUAUCCUACUGGUUUUUUCUUUUAUACAUGCAUGGUGGUUAUGUAGAUUGCAAUUGAAUUUUAAAUAUACAAGUUCUUAGACUCAUUUGUAAGGUACAUUAUGAUAUAUAAUCAGAAUUAUAUUUUGUUCAGUCAAUCACGUCUAUUUGUUUUUUUGUUUUUUGCCAAUAUUAUUUUAUAUGUGAUUUAGAGAAAGAUGAUCGGCCCGGAGAGUUUCUUUCGUCGAAUUCACCUCUCCCACGCCCAAUCUUUACAUCACUGGACGGUGUAGACAUGAUUUGACGAAAGGAUCGAGAUUUGGAAGAAAGGGAAUAAACAGAAUCCACAGAGUCGACUGAUGCCUCUAUACUAUUGAGAGAAAGAGAUCAGAUUGGACCGAAACCGGGCCAGACGGUCAAGGAAAUUUCUAAGCACUGGAAAUAUAAUCAUUUCUUAUUUUAUUGUCCUGGAAUUCAUUUUCUUUCAUUCCCAGACAGGGUAAUUAUUACACAUACAAUCAUGGAACUAUUCAUUGAGCAAGACCCACAAUUACUAGAACAGUAUAUUAAGUAAUUCUUGUGAAAAGAAAAAACAAUCAGAAACUGUUUGGUAUUGGAACUGUUGGAUUGAUAAUUUUAUCUUUUUUUUUUUUUUUUUUUUCUUUGAUGGGUGUUAAUGGAACAAUCUGUUUGGGUCUUGCUCUGACCAAGAAAAUUAAAUGGUUAUGAGUAGGGCCAUUUGGGUAUUUUCUUAGGAGACUCUAGUCUAUAGGAGUUAAGUGAGAUUCUUGAAUUGUAAAAUCAUUAAGAGGCUUCUUUCAGUGAUAUUUUUUUUUUGGUCUUUUUAUUUUCUUUUCUUAAUCAAUUUAAUAGACUCCAUGGAAAAUCGGUGGAAGUUCCAUAUGGAAUUUUACUUCUAAGAGUUACUUCUUUUGACAAGUUAAUGGUUUAUAUAUGACCCACUAUCCGGUCAAGCUUUCAACUUCCUUUAUAUAAAGAUGGCCUGGCUGUGUAAUUUUGCUCCACUUCAGACUGAAGACCACACAAAGCCCCUUCCUUUUUAUGCGUAUGGUGUGUUUGUGGGUAUUACUCAGUGAAAGUUUUCCAUGUCUGCUAGUAGUAAAAGCACAACCAGUUGCAGUGAAGAUGAUAAUGAGCUUAGGAGAGGGCCCUGGACAAUUGAAGAAGACACUCUCCUGAUUCAUUACAUAGCUCACCAUGGUGAAGGAAGAUGGAACUUGCUAGCAAAACGUUCACGGCUAAGAAGAACUGGCAAGAGUUGCAGAUUGAGAUGGUUGAAUUCUCUGAAACAUGAUGUCAAGCGCGGAAAUCUUACUCUAGGGGAGCAGCUCUUGAUUCUUGAUCUCCAUUCAAAGUGGGGCAACAGGUGGUCGAAAAUUGCAAAGUACUUACCUGGGAGGACGGACAAUGAAAUCAAGAACUAUUGGAGGACAAGAGUUCAGAAACAAGCUAAGCAUCUUAAGAUUGACAGCAAAAGCACAGCAUUUCAAGACAUCAUUAGGUACUUUUGGAUACCAAGGUUGCUUCAAAAGAUAGAAGAAUCAUCAUCAUCAUCAUCAUCAUUGCCAAUCCAAAACUCAGAAAUUCCUGUCUCUUGACAAUGCUACUUCCUAAUAUUCUGCAUCAGCAGAUGCGGCACAAAUAUGUCCACCGCCACAAAUCUCUGUUCAGGGAGAUCAUCUAAAUGCGGACGGACACAUAAAUGGUUUGAACAUUCAGGAGCAGAUUUCAGAUUGGGAAAAUUGCACUAUUUCAUGCAUAGACUCUUCAGAAUCAAUGAACCACAACACAUUGGGAAAGAGCUGCUCAAAUGUCAGCAAUGGCUCCUCCAUUGAUAUCUACAAUGAUGCAAGUUUAUCAGCAUCCGGGAUGUUUGAAAAUCCUCCAGGAGAUUACCAUGUUGAACAUAACAGUUGGAAUGAUAGGGAUUUUUUAGGUAGCAUGUGGAACACGGAUGAAUUAUGGCAGUAUAGGAAUUAAAUGGUAAAGGGAAGCUAUAGGAUCUUGUUUCUGGGAAACACACAAACAAUUCUUCAAGCUUAAGGCAUCCAUUAGUUCCUAAUUAGCACUCUAUCAUCCCUCAUGUAAUAGGUAAUUUAUUAAUUUUCCAUUCAAUUUAAGAAGAUGCAAAUAACUGUGUUUAAAGUGUUUUGCAUAUCAAAGUUACUAUGUACUUUGGAUGAUGAACAAUUUUUGGUCCUGUUUGACUGUCAUUAAAUUUGUUUCUCUGCCCCUUGUGUUUAUGAUUUCAUUUACAAAUUCUAAACACCUAAACUUGUAUGGAAAUUCUUUUUAACUUCAUACUAUA